GAGGGAAUAUCUCGGGUAGGGCCAGACUCCAGUGAACUCACCCACAGCCUUGUGGCCGGGAAAACAGUCUGACGCACAUUCACGCCAUUGUGUCCGUGGAACCAGCAGAUCAAUUAGUGCCAAUUAAAGAAGAAGUUGCGCUUUGGACGUGCGUUUUUUUUUUCACUUUGUCUUGGAGCUCAGUGCUCAGUGGUGAUAUCAGACCAAUGCGGGAUAGUGAUCGGAGUUGACGAGCCGCUCCACUACUGUAUCCCCCCCCUCCCCCCCCUUUCCGCACAACCAGGAAAUCCACCGCCGAGGUGUGCUCCUUCUUUAUCCGGCUUGUAGCUCCCCCUCUACGGGUGUUAGAUGUACGUUGACGGGCUUUUGUCGGGUUCUUUACGUUAUCCGGUUGCUUCUUAAACCCGGGCUUUUGAUCUGAAGACACCCGGACUGCACCCGAGGAGAGGACCUCCACCCCGGCGGAACAAUGAGUGAGUCGAGUAUCUGCCAGGCUCGGGCCACGGUGAUGAUCUACGACGAUGGCAACAAGAAGUGGCUGCCGGCGGGCACCGGGCCACAGGCCUUCAGCAGGGUGCAGAUCUACCACAACCCCACCAACAAUGCCUUCAGGGUGGUGGGGCGCAAGAUGCAGACGGACCAACAGGUGGUCAUCAACUGUCCAAUCGUGAAGGGUCUGAAGUACAACCAGGCCACGCCCAACUUCCACCAGUGGCGUGACGCGCGGCAGGUCUGGGGGCUGAACUUUGGCAGUAAGGAGGACGCCACGCUGUUCGCCAACGGCAUGAGUCACGCGCUGGAGGUGCUCGGCUCCAUGGCAGACGCAGGUUACGCCACCCUCCCCCGCCCAGUGUCCAAUGGCCCGUCCCCAGAGGAGCUGGAGCAGCAGCGGAGAGCCGAGCAGCAGAAGCUGGAACAGCUGGAGAGAGAGCGCCAGGAGAAGGAGAGGAAUGAGAGAGAGAGGCUGGAAAGGGAGAGGAUGGAGAGAGAGAGACAAGCUGCUGCAGUUUCCAUUCCCCCAGCUCCCCCAGCUCCCCCUAUGGGCGCGGGGGCUCCCCCGCCGCCACCACCGCCCCCUCCUCCACCCCCCGGCCCGCCUCCUCCCCCCUCUGGGGGCGGCGGCCCUCCCCCCUCUGGUGGCGGGAUCCCUCCCCCUCCUGGACCACCUCCACAACUCGGGGCAGGUGCCCCACCCCCGCCGCCGUUGCCCCCCGGUGGGCUGGGAGGGGAUAGCGGAGGAGGAGGAGGAGGAGGGGGGUUAGGAGGCCUGGCAGGGGCACUGGCAGCAGCUAAACUCCGGAAAGCAUCCAAGCAGGAGGAUGCGGGGGCUGCUCUGGGGAGGACCGACUCCAGCCGCAGCUCUAACUCUUCCAGUGGAGGGGGAGGGGGUGGAGGUGGAGGAGGCGGAGGUCUGAUGGGGGAGAUGAGUGCCAUACUGGCACGGAGGAGAAAAGCUGCAGACACUGGAGAGAAGGUGCCUGCAAAGACACAGGAUAAUGAUGAUUCUGAGUCUGCCAGCCAGAACGACACUCGUAAACCGUGGGAGAAGUCGUCGAUGAGCAGGAUAAACUCCGUCUCCAAGAACAUGGACUCCACUUCCUCAUUGCCCCAGGGUUCCAGGGUGAAGACGGGGGGCGGUGCUGGUAAUGGUAAUGAUGCCGGAGGAGGCGACGACACAGAUCUUGAGAAAAUGAAACAGGAAAUCCUAGAUGAGGUGAGGAAGGAGCUACAAAAAGUCAAGGAGGAGAUCAUUGGAGCCUUUGUUCAGGAGCUUCAGAAGAGAAGCACAUGAGGAUCAGAGGAUUGAGUUUGGAUACGGACCUGCAUGGGUUCUUCCUCACUGCCCCCUCCUGCUCAGCCCAGGGAUUUAUAGUCCUCUCCAUCUCUAGCCUCUCAAUCUAAUCUAUCUGUCACUCUAUCACACACACACACACACACACACACACACACACACACACACACACACACACACACACACACACACACACACACACACACACACACACACACACACACACACACACACACACACACACACACACACACACACACACUAGGCAAUGCCUACUGUCUCUUACACAUGCACAUGUAAGCACGCUUGCUUAAUAUGUCCCACCGUACAUAUUCACUUUAUCAAAAGAAAAAAAUAUAAAGAAAAAUGAACAGACCCCAGGGAAUCCUUUUCACAUCCUAUGCCAUCAGGGACUUUGAUGAUCUUAAACCAUUGCUGUUGUAGCCAUGACCCCAACUUUCAUCAACUCAUUGAAUGCGCCCAUGUCCAUGUCCCUCCUGAUCAUUCCUUCCAUUAAGACCACUUCUGAGCACAGUAUGUCUUCCCCGUCCCCUCUGUGUGGUCCAUCAACCAUGUCCCCCCCCCCUCCCCCGACCGAUCGCUUUCUUCCGCCUCAACCUCGAAACACGGCAGUUAUAAACCCACAGGGUGAUUUUCAGUAUCACACUGGUCUUCAGGCCACGCCAGUUAUCCACAGGGUGAUCUACAGUAUUCGGGGACAUCAUCAUCACCGUCAUUCACUUUGGUUACUGUCCUGUAUCGUGAGAUAUUGGCAUGCAGGGAUUUCUAAGCAAUCAACUUUUUUCUCUUCAAAUCUUUUUUUCUAUUCCCUCUCUGGUGACACUUUUCUUUAUCCUCAAGACACUGCCUAUACAGAGAGCUUGGUUCAACACCCUCCCCCCCCCCCCCC